GCUGGGGCGGCAGCGGGCGGAGGGGUGAGGCGGCGGGUAGCGGGAGCGCUGAGGGCGACGGGCUCUGCCACAGCGCGCAGCCCGCACGGUCGGCGGGCCGGCCGGGCUCUGCUGGGGUCCAUGGAGGCGGCGCGGAGCUGUAACGGGUACGCGCGGCAGGAGAGGUCGCCGCCAUCCGCCUCCCCGUCGACGGGCGCUGAGAAACCGCGCGUCCCCUCCGGCGGCGGCAGCGGGGACGGCUGGCGGGGCGAGCGGCCCCGCAGCGAGGAGGACAACGAGCUGAGCCUGCCCAGCCUGGCGGCCGCAUACACCACCAUCCUGCGCUCGCUGGGCGAGGACCCCGAGCGGCAGGGGCUGCUGAAGACGCCCUGGAGGGCGGCCACCGCCAUGCAGUUCUUCACCAAGGGCUACCAGGAGACCAUCUCGGAUGUUCUGAAUGACGCCAUCUUUGAUGAAGAUCAUGAUGAGAUGGUAAUUGUGAAGGACAUAGACAUGUUCUCAUUGUGUGAGCAUCACCUCGUUCCAUUUGUUGGAAAGGUACAUAUUGGCUAUCUUCCUAACAAACAAGUACUUGGCCUCAGCAAGCUUGCUAGGAUUGUGGAAAUAUACAGCAGAAGAUUACAAGUCCAGGAGCGCCUUACCAAACAAAUUGCAAUAGCCAUCACAGAAGCCUUACAGCCUGCUGGAGUCGGAGUGGUUAUUGAAGCUACGCAUAUGUGUAUGGUAAUGCGUGGGGUACAGAAAAUGAACAGUAAAACAGUAACCAGCACAAUGUUGGGGGUGUUCCGGGAAGAUCCAAAGACCCGUGAAGAAUUCUUGACGCUCAUCAGGAGCUGAAACUGCGUUACUCUCUAAAUGCACUCUGGAGAUUGUUCUGUCCAGUGUCACUGUCUGUUCUUGUUCCUACAUCUCACUUUUAAACUAAAUUGUUGUGAAUUGUUGUCAUAGUCUUUGUGCAGUAAAAGACUUCUGAUGGCAAAUGAAAAAUGUAACAAUGAGGUAGGCUCCUGGAUUUCCAAUGAUGCUGAUGUCACAGAAUGACAAGCUACGAAUAGGGUUUUGGAAAUGAUUUUUCCAUCUACAAUGCAGAAUACACUGCUGUUAGGAGAAAAGUGGGGCUUGGGAGGGAAAUGGAUAUUUAUGAAAUAGUUAUGUUUAUUAGAAUAAAUAUGGAGCAGCACAGGAAACAAUUGAAAGGCUGUGGAUCUUUGUCGGACCACUUAUGCUGCAAUUACUGUACCUCUGCUGAAAAGGAUGGUCCCGAACUAUCUCUGUCUAUAUUUUAUUACAAGUCAUGCAGUGGCUGUUUCAAUAUCUGGAUAUGUAUGUUAUACCUCUUUGAGAUGUUACCUCUGGUGGUGCUUUAUAUUCUUGCUACUAUUAACCCUCCUUUUUUUGUGUGGUUUUUUUGUAUUUGUUUGAGAAAUUUAAACCAUUUUUUUCCUAGCCUGACCAUUUUAACUGUCAGUUUCUUAGUAUUUUUAAGCAAACUUUAACAGAGGGGAGGGAAAAAAAAAGCGCCAAACCCCACAGUCUGUCCGCAAAGUGCUAAGAUAUCCAAAGAGGUUUUUAAUGAUAUUUAUAUCUUGAGCUUUCCUUCUUGGAUUUCCAUGGGUUAACUGAGAAGCUAAAUCUAGUCUGAUAAUCUGAAAAUGAAGGCUUCUCUUCAAAUAUUGCAAGAUUUGCAUCUCGUCAGUGUUGGACCAAAGGUAGGCACUGAAAUCCUGAACUGCAGCACAUUGUACCUCUCCUGCUCGACGGCAGGUCAUUUCAGGGCAAAGUAACCUGAAAUGACAACAACUUAUUUCGUAAGAGCAAUUGAGAAAAGCAUUUCCAGGGCCAUCAAAGUGAAUUAAACCACAUUUUUCUGUGUAUGUGGCAACAUCUGUAUGUGGCAGUAUUGGUACAAAAAGUUUCAGUCAGCUGGACUUGGCUAAACUUCUUAUACUUUGUUACAUUUUUAAUGGACGUUUUGUAACUCUUAAUUGGGAAAACAUGAGGCGCAAAUGAAAACCACCCUGCUCAAACUAAGUGCAGGAGGCAAAACUUAAAAAAUAAAAUGUCAGCCAGGGUGUCAGAUGCCCACGAUGCAGGUUCCCAUAGUCGUAUCUGCUUUGCUGAAUAUGAAUCCAAGAUGUUCUGUCUGCUAACCUAAAAGGCAGUUCUGGCUCUGGCAAGCUCGAUCUUACCAACAUUCCUGUCUCUUGCUUCAACCAGUGCUGGAAACGGAAUUAAAAAUCACAUCCCAUUAAAUUUCCAUUGGGCCUAAAGAACUUUCAAGAACAACCGCGUCAUGUAUUUAAUUACACUAAUUUUACCUUGAUGACCUUCAUAGCAUUAUUGGAAAAAUCUUUUGUAAUAUCCUCUGUCCUGGAUUCUGUAGAGUUGGGUGCUAUGAAAGGGUUUGCUAGCGUAAACAAGGUGUGUGUUGCACAUGUAUAAAAUACUCUAUGGCAUUUGUUUUCGUUAAAUGAUUGAGAGCAGAUAUUGCCACUUCUCAGUUCCGUAUAUGUAUCUAGCUGAAAAGCCUUAAAUCUUUCUUGCCUGAAAUUCAGAGUAAAAUUUGAGGACCAAAGGAGCAUGCGCUAGUACAUUUAUUUCUCUUUGCUUGCUUUAGUUUGGAAAUUAAGUGUCCAUCUUGCUCCUGAGGUAAUGAAAAGUUGCGUUUUAACCACUUAUCUCUCUUCAGGAUAAAGUUCACAUUGCACCACCGCUGGUUUUUUAUUUCCAUGUGACCUGUAGUCUUUAAAACAUACCUCUCUCUACUUGUGGCCUUGGAUUUUGUUCACAUUUUUGUUGUUGUAAGACUUGGUGCAUUUUUUUGGAACAUCAGUAUUGUUCAAAUACACAAGCUUUAACUACAACCAGUGUGUAUAUAUGUAUAGUACGUACAGCCUGCUGUUGUACCACGUAAAAGUCGAUUGUUGCUAAGCCAUUAAAGCACAGUGUUAUCCUUUGGA